AAACUCAGACUACUCCAGAUUACUCUCCAGAUGGACAAAGUUCUCUCUCUGGUUCUGCAGCCUUAUCAGAGAACUCCAUUGUACCUACACGUACUACUAGAAGAGCAAGAUCUCCUCAGAAGGGCCUGAUGGCUUUGCUUCCUGUCCUACAAGAAGAGACAUUGUUCCGAAAGGGAUUCUGGAGUUAUCGAAUCCCAGCCCUGCUCUACGUGCCGCAGUCCUGCACCAUCCUGGCAUUUGCCGAGGAGCGGGAGGAUGAGGUGGAUGAACAUCCCAAGCUGAUAGCAAUGCGCAGAGGCACAUAUGAUGGGACUAUCCACCAUGUUCAGUGGAACAAAAUGGAGACCAUUGUCAAUGCUCAGCUGGAGGGCCACCGCUCCAUGAACCCAUGUCCUGUGUACGAUGAAGUCACUGGGAACCUCAUUCUGUUCUUUAUAGCUGUCCUGGGAAAGGUCUCUGAAAACCACCAGAUCAAGACAAAGACCAACUUGGUCCAUCUGUGCCAGGUCACUAGCACUGAUAAUGGAUGCUCCUGGAGCCCUGUGAAGGAUUUCACUGAGACUGUCAUUGGCACAGCACACAAGGACUGGGCCACCUUUGCGGUGGGACCAGGCCAUGGUUUACAGUUGCUCAAUGAGGCUUGGAGUCUCGUGAUUCCUGCCUAUGCCUAUUGGAUACUUGACCCUGGGAAAAAACCCUCCCCACACGCCUUCUGCUUUGUUAGUUCUGACCACGGGAAGACCUGGGCAAUGGGGAACUUUGUGGCAAAGGAGCAUGCUGUGGAGUGCCAGGCAGCUGAAGUGUACAGCCGAGGAGAGAGGGUGCUGUACUGCAAUGCUAGAAGCAGCCAGGGAGCCAGAGUCCAGGCUGUGAGCUACAACCAUGGGAUGGAGUUUGACGGUGGUCAGCGGAUUGAGAAGCUGGUAGAACCUCCCUAUGGCUGCCACGGGAGUGUUACUGGCUUCCCAAGUCCUGCUAACAUGAAGUUAGGGUGUCAGGACACCUGGGUGCUCUACUCUCACCCCACAGACCCAGCUGGGCGGAGAAAUUUAGGAGUGUACCUCAACAAGUAUCCCUUAGAUCCAGCAUGCUGGAUAGGACCCACUCUUAUCUUCAAGAGCUUGUGUGCUUAUUCGGAUCUGCAGCACGUGGGGCGAGGCCCUGAUGGCUCCCCGCUGUUCUGCUGCCUGUUUGAGUUUGGCACCGGCUCGCAAUACGAAGAGAUCAUCUUCCUUAUGUUCACUUUGAAACAAGCCUUUCCAUCCGAGUGCUAA